AUGUCGCACGACGACAGCACAGUCAAUCUGUACCUCGACGCCAGUGCAUUGGAAGAACAGAGGUAUUUAAAUGAGUUUCGACGAAAUUCCGAUUCGAAAAUAUUCGUAUUUGUUUUUGUUCAAUGCGUUUUUGGUUGCAGCCUCGCUUUGCUGAGAUAUGAGCAAGAGAAGGCGGAUCGCGAGUACGCCAGAAUGAUCCAAAUGGAAAAUAUGUAUUCGCCAGAGAGCAGCGCUCCACGGGGACGACAAUCUAUUGUAUGCCUGAACGAUGAAUCGCCGCGGGGACGGAGAACCAGAGGAAAUGGGAACAGAAGAGCUCCACGGGGAGGAAGAACCGGAAAUGGAGGUGCCGGUGGGCCAGUCAGAAGAGUUCCGAGCGAGAGAAGAAGUGGAGGAGCGGGUACGGCGAGUAGGUCGGGUGGACGAGCGGCGACGAGAAGAAGAGGUACGGCGACGCGGCGUGGUGUAAACAACAUGGAAUACCAGAAUCUUGGGCGUGAGUACAUAGAGAAGCUAUUUGAGGAUUCACAGCUAAAAUUGUUGCAGAAGGCCGUAUGGAAUUCAACGGAAACCGUGUUCAGUUCAGACGCGGAACCGAGGUGAUCGAUAUAACGUGAGUUUCCGAUCAUGAUGUCAUUGACGAAGAGUUUACGUUUUCAGUGACGCAACUUACUUCCCGGACGACGAUGACGAUGAUGACUUUGUGCUCGACGACAGUUCCGACGAAAUCGACGUCGAGGAAUCGGGCGACAGCUCGUCUGAGAGCAGCUCUGAAGAUGACGACGACACUGAACCAGCCCCACGCCCUGCGGAUUACAUUCAACAGCUUCUGAAUCCUGUCCUCGCUGCGCGCGAUCCUUCCGAUCGGACGUACCGUCUGCCAGCCAAUCAUCAAAACCUCGUCAUCGAUCUUUCCGACGAUGAUUCUGACCUGGACGACUACGAUUUCGGACAACUGCGGCCAGAGCCCAAUAAUAUCACUCAGCCGAUUCUCGACGAAGAUGCUCCCAUGUACCAACGAGAGCUCAAUCUGUACAAUGACGACAAUUACGACGUACCACCGGCGAGAAUUCCAACGCACAAUGGAAAACCGAUGGAACCGUUAGUCACUCGAACUUUUCGGUUUUCAUGCAACAUUUGUUUUUUGCAGUGACGGAACCUGGGGAGACUGCACAAUGUGCAUUGAGACGCCCAUUAAACCGCAAGGAUGCACAAAGUGCCUCAAAAUCAUUGGAUGUGCCGAGUGAGCUUUUCUUUUUAUUGGGUUUUCCUAUCCAACUCGUAUUCUUUCAGCUGCAUUUCUCGUUGGAAUAAGGCCUGCCGUUCUGCUGGCGAUCAAUCGACGUGCCCGUUGUGUCGUGCUCCAUGGGGCGCCCGUCCUGCCGUCCAAUUGAUGAAAAACAUUGAAAAGCUGAUCGCGAAACGCAAGAAAGAAGAGGCAGCAUCUUCCGACUCGCCCGGAACGUCUUCUUCGGCUUCCUGCUCUUCGUCCCGUUGA